AUGCCAUCCCUGAUCAAGACUUUACAUUUCCUCUUUAGUGCUCUGGUUACUGCCAUCUCUGUGGGCUUGCUGGGAUUCGCCAUGUCAACAAAGUGGGCUUACACGUUCAUGGAGUGUGCCGCGUCCAACAGCGACCAGUUCAACGGGACGGCAGAGAUCGAAAUGGACCUGUUCGAUGGAUCAUUAAAGAGAGAGUCCUGUCCCAGUUUUGGAAAUCAAGAGAAUUUUAAAGUGUUUCCAAAGUUGGAAGCAACAGGAGCAGCUCCUCUGGCUCUGCAUGUGUUGACGGUGGGCCUGCUGGCUUUGUGUUUGCUGUUCUCUGCCAUCAGCAUCCUCGUCUCCCUCUACAACAGCGUCAGUAAUCCUUAUCAGACCUACCUCGGGCCUGUUGGAGUUUACACCUGCAGCUCCCUCAGCGCGUGCCUAUCCGUGGUGGUCCUCAUCAUAUUUGUGCUGAACCUCAAUGUGACCAGCAUGCCGGAGGAGUUGGUUAAAACCAGCUCCAAUCUCCCGGUAAAUCUGAGAAACAAGUCUUCGGUCAUGCAGGUUGGAUACUUCCUGGUCAUCCCUUACACGGUGUUCUCUCUGGGCGCCGUUCUGAUCAUCUACAUGUACGACCACGCCGCCUACACCCAGAGACGAGAGCAGGAGAGGCCGACGGAAGACGCUCCCAAGGAGAUCAUGAUGUAUUAGAGACAGCCGAGUCAGAUUUCAGAGACUCUGACGAAAUUCUUUUUGACUCUCUUGGAAGACGUUUUUGUGACGUCGAUUCUAUUUAUGUGGCGCCUACAAAAGAAACAAACGUUGCAACAAAGUUCUGCACAGCAACAAUGAUAUAAAACUGCAAUAAAAUAAUGUCAUAAAUCAGUAACAGACACAGGGUGAGGUCAGCAGGGAAAAAUAAAACAUGUAUACAAGGAAGUAAAGUAAUAGGUAAAACAAUAUAAGGUUAAAGGGAUAGUCUGGUGAUUUUUGAAGUGAUGUUCUACUAAACAACUAUUAUUAGUACCUUAUUUUUUGGUGGUUGUAAUGAAAUCGGAAACAACAAUUAAAACUUGUGAACUUUAUUAUGUGUGUUGGAUAUAAGC